AUGUUUUGCCCUAUACACCCCCCAAAAAUUCUCUCUCGCCAGAAUACUCUCUCUAUCUCUCCAGUGCGAGACGCAGCAGCGAGUGAGUUCCUUCUGAUUCUUUUCCUCGUCGACAGUGAGCAGCUCGGCCGCUAUAUCCCUGUCAAGCGCCUGCCUGAGUCGACCACGACUCGGAUCGCGUCUCGCAUCUCUCAUCGUCGCUGCUCUCCACACCUCUCCGUUGUACGUUUCCCUCCUCGACUUCUCGACCGCUUGACGCUCUGGACGACCAGCAGCACCCCUUCGCGGGAGCCAUACGCAGCUGAAAAGCCUGCGUUCAGCCCUCAUUUCCAGGAGCACGCUAUUGUUAACCCGCCCUGUCCGCCGCCGCCGCAGAUCACGCAGCAAGCGAUCUAUAGUCGUCUGCCCUGCAGCUCGUACUUUCGCCCGCUGUCUGUUGACGCAACUGCUUCACGCAUCCCUUACGACCUCGCAUGCUGGCUGCACUCUAACCACCACCUCCUCUCCAAAGCAGCCGCUCUUCGUGGUCCACAGUCGACACAAACUGCCAUCCCGUGCCUCGACCUCGCCUGGAACGCGCAUCUUAGCACGAGGCAGCCCACGCAAGACAACCCUGGACGCCACAUCCUCACCCCGGCGACAGCUCAACCCACUAACCCUCGCAUGAGUGUGGCCUCUCGCUCACACUCGCGGCACUCCACCGCAUCCUCCACCGUCGUCACCUUUGGCGCUGCCCAACCUAGGUGA